ACCCAAUCUUUUGAUCUGUGCAGUUUCAAUCUCAACAUAAACUGUGCUUGACGUACCUAUCUUCCAACAAACAACCCACCAUGCCAGAAAUGAGAGCGGUCGUGAUCGAGGGCGGCAAAGGCCCCGCAGAUGCCAUGUCCAUCAAGCAGAUCCCAAAACCAACGCCCUCAAUGGGACAGGCGUUGAUAAAAAUCAAGGCUUUUGGACUGAACCGCAUGGACCUGCUGCAGAGAGAGGGUUUGUACCCUCUUCCACCGCAGGCGCCAGUUACCAUGGGGGUCGAGUUCUCAGGCACUGUGGAGUCAAUCGCCGCUGGCGUGGAAAGAGACUUCAAGGUUGGGGAUGCCGUGCUCGGUCUUGCGUAUGGAGGAGCAUAUGCGGAGUACAUCGUUGUCGAUACGGGAAUGCUGGUCCAUAAACCAGCGCAGCUUUCAUGGGAACAAGCUGCCUGUGUUCCAGAGACGUGGAUCACUGCAUCGCAAGCUCUCCACAUCAUCGGGGAAUUUAAGCCCGGCCGUUCCGUACUUUGGCACGCUGGAGCCUCCUCCGUCUCCAUCUGUGGCAUCCAACUUGCCAAAGCAGAGGGCGCCAAAGCAAUCUACGCGACAGCCGGCUCCCAGGAAAAAUGCGAUUUCCUCGUUAACGAGCUCGGCGUGACGGCUGCCUUCAACUACAAGACUCAAGACUGGGCUGCGGAGCUCAAGAAGUUCACCGAUGGGGCAGGCGUCGACUUGAUCGUUGAUUUUGUCGGCGCAAAUUAUUUCCAGGGGAAUCUGGACGCCGCGGCGCGCGAUGGCCGCAUUGUCAUUCUGGGGUUGAUGAGUGGGCAGAAGUUGCCGAACGGGGUGGACAUUGGCGGACUUCUGUUCAAGAGACUUCGCGUCGAGGGCAGUACGCUUCGCAGUCGCGAGCUGGAGUACCAGCGCAAGCUUAGAGAUUCGCUGGUGGAGCAUGUUCUUCCGAGACUAAAAGAUGGGACCUUCAAGGUGUUUGUAGAGAAGGUGUUCCCCUUUACGGAGAUUGUGGAGGCUCAUAAGUUAUUGGAGAGUAACCAGACGAGGGGCAAGUUAGCGUGUGUCAUAUAAGUUCACAGAAUCCGUUCGAACUAUCAAGUGAGCCAGUCUUGCAUGGAUAAAUAAGUGAUAACAAUACACAAUCCGCCUUGAAGAAACCGC